AUGUCUAGCGGUGGACGUCCAGCGUACGACGAGUUCGUUCGGCAGCGGGCCGAAUUUCUGGCUCGCGAACAAGAUCGAGGUUUGGGUUCCGACCUGCCGCUUAAUGCCGACGAGCAAAAGCUGAACCGAUACGUGAUGCACCUUAAGCAGGAGGAGCUGUCGAAGGGUGUCGAGAACCCGUACGAACUUGUGUCGGCGCGGCACUUCUUCGAGAUGCUCGACCGCAUCAACGGGUCGACGCUGUUCAAGCUGAUCCAACGGCUUCCCAAGGGUGGUAUACUGCACGCGCACGACACGGCCAUCGGCAGCACGGAGCUCAUCGUGAAGGCGACGUACCACGCACACCUCUGGCAGUGCGGAGACUUCCCGCGGGCCGACGGAGACCCAUUGCCGUCGUAUAGGUUCUCCCGGACAAAUCCCACCGGAGUGGAAGGCACGGUUGGUGAGUGGCGCCCGGUGGCGGACAUCCGGCAAGAGCUUGGGAACGAGGCGUACGAUGGCGCUAUUCGGAAGAUGUUCACCCUGUACACGCGGGACCCACUGAACGCGCACCGGGACAUUAACGACGUGUGGCGCAAGUUCAUGGCCCUUUUCAUCUGCUUCGAGCCGAUGGUGACGUACAAACCGGUCUGGGAGGAAUACUUCUACGGUUGCCUGGAGGAGUUGCUCGCGGACAACGUCACCUACCUGGAAUUCCGUGGCCUACUGCCUCCGGUCUACGAUCUGGACAACCGCAAGUACACGCCGGAGGAGAUCGUACGGAUGUACGUGGACCAGUCGGACCGGUUCCUUCAGGCACAUCCUCAGUUCCUCGGGGUGAAGUUCAUCUACGCACCGCUCCGGUUCUGCGACGAUGCCACCUUCGACGGGUACCUUACUCUGGUGCAGAAACUACACGACCGCUUCCCGAAAUUCAUCGCCGGUUUCGACCUCGUGGGACAAGAGGAUCUCGGACGGCCCCAUACGGAGUUCAACGAGCGGCUCCUUCGCCUCUCGCCGGACAUUAACUUCUUCUUCCAUGCCGGCGAAACCAACUGGUCGGGCCGGGCGGACGAAAAUCUGAUCGACGCCAUCCUGCUGGGAACGAAACGCAUCGGGCACGGUUUUGCCGCCCUCAAGCACCCGGUAGUGCUGGAGGAGAUUAAAAAGCGCGGUGUCUGCAUCGAACUCAAUCCCAUCUCGAACCAGGUGCUGAAGCUGGUGCAGGAUUUCCGCAACCAUCCGGGGGCGUUCUACUUCUCCGACAACUUCCCGGUGGUCGUCUCCUCGGACGACCCUUCAUUCUGGUGCGCAUCCCCGCUUAGCCAUGACUUCUACGUGGCGUUCAUGGGCCUUGCCUCGGCCCGGGCCGAUCUGAGGCUGCUGAAGAAGCUGGCCCUCAACUCGAUCGAGUACAGUGCGAUGAGCGCCGCGGAGAAAACGGCCGCGAGACAAAAGUGGACCGCAGCCUGGGACAGUUUCGUGCAGGAAGCGCUCCAGACGAUUCCGGAAACGUACUAAAAACGGAAAUGGACGUAAGUCCUAGUGGGUUGGCUAUGUUGGCGAUGUUUAGCAGUAUUUAAUAACCUCUGGAUUUCUAUCGCAAACUUAAGCUGU